AGGUCUGCCGCCAAUCACUGCGUGGACGAUUCUUUCAGUUCGAAAGGGCGAUCGGGAAUCCAAGGAUGACUACGCCUAAGAAAGUUCUUGGAAGGUCAGCUGGGUCCAUUAAUGCUCCCAUUGCCGCAUUUACCAUGGCAGUCCUUCUUUGUUCCUAUUGCUUUAGCUCUAUCCGAACCGCCCGCCGUGAGGCAGAACAUGCCUCACCCACCACCACACGAGAUAGGCCUUCUGCAAGGUCAGACAGUUGGAUAGCAGAUGCUUUAGAGGAGAGUCGGAAGGGGGGGAAUAAAGGCGCGUAGCCUCGGUCGUUUGUAUAUAGUGUUCCAUCAUCUCUUGUCUUGGUAUCAAACAAAGAACGUUACAGUUAUGUUUUACAGAGUAGAUUAAAGAAUAGAACUACUUAGAAUAUCAUCAAUUUACAAG